AUGGCCUUCUCCUCUGCUCGAGGAAACAAGGCCGUGGAAAGUGAUAAGAGCGGUAGAGAUUCUGAUUCUCCAGGCCGCAUAACCUUUCGAAAUCGAGGCGACAAUGAUGGAGAUCGUUUUCGUGACGGCCGGUCCAACCCCGCCAGACGUCGUGGCGAUGGCGACCAAGAUAGCGACGGCUGGAACAUGGUAAAGCCUCGCAAGAGCUUCGGUGCUGAAGGUGCUGAGCGAUUUCACGGCAAGAUGGGCGGCAAUUUUCGCGAAGACCGACGUCCAACAAGAGACACCAACAACAGCAGCAAGGAUGAUCGUGAGAGUGCCCGAGAACGUCCCGGUCGUCCCUUCGACGGCUUCACCCGAGAUAAGGAUGCUGCAGAUACCGAGGGUCGACCACCUCGAAACGGGCUCAACAGAAAUAAGACCGACAACUGGCGAACGACGGAAAGCAAUGAGGCCCCUCCCAUGCCAGAGAAACGCGAUCGUGACCGAACGAAGAGUUGGAGGGAUAGAGACCGUGAUACCGAGCCCUCAGACGACCGCGGUGCGGGUCGAAACAAUGACCGUCGCUGGGGUCGUGACCGAGAUCAGCGAAACGAACGUGAACCUGAAUGGCUUGACGAGCCAGCCGAUGCUCGAGAGGCGCACACGCAGCAGGAUUUCCAGAAGUGGAUGGAACAGAUGAAGAAAGCUAAGAGCGGAUCAUCCUCCAAUGCCAAAGCAACGGAUACUCCUGCCGAACCUCCCAAACCCUCCCUGCCCGUUGCCCCUGUUGAGACCGGUCCGGACAAGUUCUUCCUGGCCUUUGGUGGAACAACCGCUAGCACAGACGUGACCUCGCCAAGCGAACCAAAAGACGCGGCAUCCUCCAAGUCAAAAACCAGCGGGAAGUCCUCUCGAUUCACCUCAUUCUUCUCGCAGCCGCAAGGAGACUCUCGACCUCGAACAGAAGCGUCGACGCCACUGACAGGGCCUCCUGUAAACGGACCAGGUUCGGCCGCUGGAUCGGCCCCGGCUCCUCCUGGUGUACUUGCUGCGCUUCUUGGCUCUGUACCAAGUCAGGGAGCAGCACCUUCUGGUGCUCCAGAUGAAGAACGACAAGCUUUCCAGUCUUUGCUUGCAAAGCUACAAAAGCAAUCUGUGAGCGCCACUCCGCCUGGUCCUUCUCCCUUUGCGGCUCCUCCCCAGAGCAAUCCCCUGGAUAACAAGAAGUCCAUGGGCUCUCCAGAACCUCUCCAUCAAUAUGGGGGUGGUCCUAGAGACACCUCUCUCGGCCGCCCGCCAUCCCAACAGCCUCACCAGGAGAUCCUUGCGCCGCGUCCACAGCAGUCUGCUCGACCUGAGCAGCUUCUUCAAGAUCUUGCUGGACACCAUCAGCGUGUUUCCAGCCAAGGGUCUACCAAUCGAGCUGAGCCACAUACCACUCGCAACAAUAGCAAUACGGAGUUCCUGAUGAAUUUGAUGAGAAUGGCACCAGAAGCUCAUCGACCUGACCAGGGCCGUGUCGCCUCCCAAUCCCAACCUCAGAUUCAAAAGCAUUCGCCGUUGCCUCCUUUUAAUGACCGAGAACAGGAGUUUCCCGGACGGGAGAACCGAAACAACGAGAGGGCAUUGCGUCCACAGCCUCCUCCAGGGUUUCCUAUGGACGAAUCGUUCCCCGGCCUUGAGCGGGAGUCGCGACAAGCUCAGCCAACCCAGAUCCUACAGAGACCCCCGCCACCUGGACUGGAUCAGAUGCCGCCAAAUUGGAUGGCUGGUGCAGGACAGAUGCCACCUCCCCAACAGAGAGGAGGUCCGAUGCUUCCACCUCCUGGGCUUGCCGGUGGUCUUAGUGGUCCUGGCGGUCCCAACCGCAACAUGCCUAUGCCGCCAAUGUUUCCCCCCAACUUUCCGCAUGGUGCAAUGCCCCCUCCACCGCCAGAGGCCAUGGGUGGAAUGCCUCCGAGGAAUAUGCCGCCUCCCCCUCCUGGGUUCUUCAGCGGUCCGCCGCCGCAUGGCUUCUUGCCUCCUGGACUAGCCGGGUUUAACGGACCUCCUCCCGGGCCCGAGGGUUUCGGUGGCCCUCCAUUCGAAACUCGAGGAAUGCCGCCCUCUGCAGGCAACAACGGUCGAGGCGCCGCUUACGGCCGCCCAUAG